GCCCCGAUCCUCCUGGCCCCGAGCUUCGACGCAAAAGAGCUGCGUGCCACUUGCAGCCAGUGCCCCCACGGGCUGACCUUCGGCGUCUUCAAGCAUGGCCUAAGCACCGUGAGCACCCCAAGGCUUCACUGCGGCCAUGCGGCAACCCUGGUCCAAGGCUUCACGGAGCGCUGCGACUGCAAGGCGCACCAGGUGCACGACCAGCAAUUCAGUGACCAGGUACAGGUGUCGCAGACGCGAAGCUACUGUGUGGACUGCCCACGCCACCACGAAGACCAUGAGGAUGAAUGCCGGAAGUGCCCGAUGCACAAGGCCUGGUCAGAUGGUGCGGGGCAGCCUUGCAGAUUUUGGCCCGAUGCAGGGGCCGUUCGCGUGCUGGUGUUGGCCGCCCUGGCCUUCGUGCUGCUGGGCUUUACCGCCUUCGAGAUUGUCUGGGCGCCCCUGGCGAUUGUGGACGCGCAAGCGCUUGAGGGCAAGGGCUUUGUCAUCACUGGGCCCAUAUCCCGACUGCCUAAGUUCUUGGCCUCCUACGUGAACCGGAACAUGACCUACCGCAUCCAGGACACCGGGCUGCCAUGGCUUGACAAUCCCAAAGUGGGGAACAUCGCCUUCAAGAGUUUGGGGCGUGGCAAAUGGCAGCUCCCCCCACAGCUGCAGCCGCCCUUUGCCUGUGCCACAAGCCGAGGCUUCUUGACUGCUAGAGGCUAUGGGUCACUGCUGCUGCAGCUUUGGCUGCUGCUCUUUGCCCUGAUCCUGCUUCCCACCGCCCUUGCCGUGGCGGCGAGCUACGAGAACGACGGCCUUCACGUACUGGUGACUCUAGGCUGCUUUGCUUUGCCCCUGGCCUUCUUCGCAGCUCUGCUCCACCCUCUCGCUGCGUACUUGCUGCGGAGGGAGCGGACUCCGCUUCAGGAUGCAUGCCUGGAGUACCUGAGGGCGCUUCCAAAGAUUGACACUGCAGAUGCGGCGAAGAGCCACCCAAAGGAUCAAGGCCUGGCACUAAGCAUUCUCUGGGAGUUUUGGGAACACUUCGAGCGCUUCAUCCUGCAAAACCUUGGCGACCACAUCAUGGACAGUGCCUUCGCGCGGGUGCUCCAGUCCGGCGUCCGAGGUGUUUGGUGCCUCUUCGAGUUCCUCUUAUCGAGCCAGCUCAACUUGGACCUGGUCUUCGGGACGGACCUAGGCGUGCUGGGCGAGCAGGGCACGUCGCCCGAUAUCACCUUGGAGAUCGGUCGGAAGCUGGAGACGCUGCAGGUCGCCAAUUGCCACGCCUCCAGCGCAGAGGACAAGCGCAAGAUCUUCGACUUCAUCUGCGCGGAGCUUGGAAGCAUCGAACAUAUGGACAAGCAGAUCAAGAAGCGCAUGAGCCGUAUCUUGCGCCAGAACAU